CCGACGUCGUCUCCGUCUCUCCGUAAGCCUGUCGCCGAGUGGAAGUCAGCGUCGAGAACCGGACGGAGCAGCCACCGUCGCCUGAGCGGAGGGCAAGCGCGUCGCGAGUCCGCUUUUGAUCGCUCGGGGCGCGCGCGGUUCUUUCUCUCCGUGCGUCGCGGCGAGAUAAUAAUAAAGCGCGUGUGCGAUCGGGUCUUCUCCCCUUUCACCCUCAUUAAAAACGCAGCGCGGAAUCUCGAGUUUCUUCUCGCUCCGUCUCCCGAAAGGUUCUUCCUCGGUCUCGCUGUUUUUUGGCUCUCAAAGCCCCCCCGACGAGCGGACAACGCUCUUCCCUCUUAUCUCCCUCGUCGCCGUCCCUUCCCGCGCCUCUUCUGCUUAACAAUCUCGCUAACUGAUAAAACGCGCUCCCCUUAACGCUCGUACUCGGCGCCUCGCUCUCUCGCCCUUGCACGGACACUCGCCGUUGGCCCGUUUGAAUAUAUUCGCGGGGACUGAGUGCUCGAGCCCGCGCGCUCCUACCGCCGGCUCCCGAUAAGCUCGGCGGGCACCGCGCGAGGUGCUCCGAUCUCCCCCAGAUAUUUAUCGACGCGAUUUUUCAUCGGGUUAUCGGAGACGCGGGUCUGAAGGUCGGACUCGAUUCAGCCAAGCCGCAACGCGGAGCGACUCUCAUUCGGCUCCCGAAGAGCACGAGGAAGGGGCUCGAUCGCGAGUGUCUUCCUUUAUUUUGCAAGUCCGGCGAGAGACGCGCGCGUCGAAGGAAUCGGAGAUAAAAGUGGGAUGGGAAGCCAGGGAGAGAGCGAGAGGGAAAAUCGAGUCGAAGAAAACUUGCGAGCUUCUUCGAGCGUCACUCUAUGUCGCCGUUCUCUUCUGCACACUACUCGUCGAAAUAGAACACACGCGCUGAAAUAGAUAGCGGAGAACAUUCUAACACGCUCUCUUCGCCGAUCUCUUUCGCGAACGUAACACCUGCGUGUCCGCUUCUCGACGUUCCUUUUCUCCACGCUCUCUUCGUCUCUCGCUCUCCCUCCGAGCUCUCAAUUCGCUCGAUCCCCCUUGCUCCCAAAUGAAAAUAAACUCAUCGAGUUUUCGGGAUACGAACUAAAGUGCGUGGAAAUUCGCCCAGUAUUGGCGUAGCCGAGCGGGGAGCUCUCCGAAAACCCGCUCGCAACACAAGCUUUUUCACCUUCUUUUAGAUAUCGAGUCUCACGCGACGCCCCAAAGGCAAAUAAGCUUCGCCAGGUUCGCGGCGCUCUCAUGGAAUUUAUCGCUCGAUCCAAACUCGCCGCGAGUGCUUCCGCCACGUGAGACUCCUGUGCAGUGCGUCAAUGAUCGUUGCUCGAAAGUUCGCCUCCUCGUGAGCUCCCCCAUCCGGCUGACUCUCGCCGAACUCGAUACUGGAUUUAUCUCUCGCCAAACUCGAGAUCGCGCCUCGACUCGUUACGUUUUCGUCCUCGAUCCCCCAACGACCUUGUCCAAGAAGGAGCAAUCCGAGCAGAUGAGGCCGCGAUCAACCUGCGUACCGGAGGUGCUGGAGGAGUACUGCUGCGAUUUACGAUACGGCUAUUGCGAAAAUCAGUGCUUCUGACAGCCGGCGGACGAGCACAGGGAUAGAGAGACGGUAGUGUGCCACAGCGGCCGCAGUGCUUGCGAAUACUCGAUGGAUGAGUUCCAUCCGUUCAUUGAGGCCCUCCUACCAUUCGUAAAGUCUUUCUCGUACACGUGGUUCAAUCUACAAGCGGCCAAGAGGCGUUACUACAAGAAGCACGAGAAACGAAUGAGUCUGGAAGAGGAACGUCAGUGCAAAGAGGAACUACAGAACGAAAAGCUGGAGGUUAAACAGAAAUGGGCCUCGCGGCUUCUCGGCAAGUUGAGGAAGGACAUAACUCAGGAAUAUCGGGAAGAUUUUGUUCUGAGUAUAACAGGAAAAAGACCAGCGAUGUGUGUGCUGAGCAAUCCUGAUCAAAAGGGAAAAAUGCGCAGGAUCGAUUGUCUGCGGCAAGCCGAUAAGGUCUGGAGAUUGGACCUCGUCAUGGUGAUCCUCUUCAAGGCGAUUCCGCUCGAGUCAACCGAUGGCGAGCGGCUGGAGAAGACUGCGGAAUGUGCCCAGCCCGGCCUGUGCGUCAAUCCCUAUCACAUCAACGUCUCCGUCCGGGAACUCGAUCUCUACCUCGCCAACUUCAUUACGAGUCACGAAGUUCUAAAUGGGAUCUGCAACGCGAACAAGGAGGAGGAGCGCCGACGAAAAGGUACAGGAUACCACGAACUUUAUAACGGUGUCGUCUGCAACGACACGAUCCUCGCGACCGGUGUCUUCAGCUCGAAGGAGCUCUGGAUGCUUUCAAAAGCGUCCAUACUGCAUGACCUCAGCGACAUGCAGCCUCAAAUAAACGCGAUCAAAAUAGAGCACCCGCCGUACUACUGCAGUAGCUACACCCCACCAUCCGCAGCCUCGGCCGCAGAUCACGCUCAGCCCGCGGCUAGCUUCAGUCCACCGCCGGUGCACCAGCUCAUACGAAACGACAAGACUGAAAAAGCACCGACGGUCUCGGUCUCGAGCGCCCCGACCUUCUCCCCCGUCCUCAGGCCCGAGGAUGGACAUCGCGGAAUGGACUCACCCCACUCGCAAACGGGUCUUCACUCGCCUCACGAGGGCCUCGCCAGUGGCUCAGGACAAAGUAUGUCAGGACUCGCCUAUUACCAACCCGAACAUCCCGCGUCCACCGGGGUCGUCAAGUAUCCGGAAAACGGCCACGACACACUCUCAGAUUUCGUUACUUUCGUUUGCCAGGAGGCCGAGAACACUCAGCAACUACCCCAGGCACAACUCGCCGGACAACGUGCUGGGGUGCAAAAGUUCUCACAGUAUUAUCCGAGUUCGAUGUUACCGCCGCCGCCGCCGGCGCCGAUGGCAAGGCCUGUCGCGAUAAUAAGAUCGACCGGUGAACUGUCAGCGACGAGUUCCGCAUCGCCGCCGACCUCAUCGACCUCGCCAACCGAUCCAUCGGACCUCGGCCCUCCAGGAAGUCAGGAACAGCAGCAGCAGCAGCAGCAGCAGCAACAGCAGCAGCAACAGCAACACCAGCAGCAACAAAUGGCCGCUGCAGCCGCGGCCGUUGGUCUCGUUAGUUCCGGGUGCCAAAGUUCCGUUGAUCAGGGAGGGCGCAAAAGCCCUACCAGGAUACUCGUCGCUGCCCCGCACACCAGCAGAGAAUAUACUUUUGCUCAUUUUCAUUCACAGCCUGGCCAACAAAUAUUCACUUAUCCAACGAUCAGCUCGAUGUCGGGUGUCAUUUCUCCGACGAAUCUUUCGCUCUUUUCCUCACCGGUCUCGGUGACAAGGCCCGUAGCAACGCAAAGAACGGUAUCCAACGUUCCGCCGCGCUGGAACACGGCGCCGUUCAUCAAUCUCGAGGAUGAUUACAAUAUGAUUGCACCGAUAAUAACCGGCGCACCUGGCGAACCACCAUCGUCGAUGGACGAGGAACGAUACUUCCAUCCCGUGCACACGAGCAGCGUCGUGGACAAAGGCGGGUCCGGGAGUAUGAUGAGCAACGAUCUCGGGGUUUCGCAGGAUCCUACAUCGCACCAUCACCAACAACAACAGCAGCAGCAGCAGCAGCAGCAGCAGCACCAACAACACCAACAACAGCACCAACAGCAACAAGUGAUGCAGGACAAGAGUGGUCGACCAAAGUCUCCUCCGUGACAGCGGGGAUGGAACAUUUCGUAUUACCAAAUUACGUGUUACGUAUAUAUUCGUCGAAACUGUACGAUGUCUCAUCAGGUUUUUUUCUGCUGGGGCAUCUUGCCAAAAAAGUGCGAUGGACGAAAAUUUUCGUAAAAACUUCGAGAUACACGACGAUUAAGUUGACAGCGUGGCUGAUAGGUUGACACAAAUGGCGUCUGAGCCUACGGAAAAUUAGUUCCAAACGAAAGGGAAGAAAAAUAGAAAAUCAAAUAAAAUUUCUACAAAAUGAAAUAAUGAAAAAACGAAAAAAAAAACGAGAGAGAGACGAGAGAAAGAGAGGGAGAGAGAGAUGGAGAAAAAUAAUUCUCGAUCUUCCUUGUUCUGCUCAAAUGCGUUUCAUUCGAAACGUCUGACACGUGAGUGAGAAAAUCCUCCCUUCUUUUCCUACCCCCGAGCCCCUUUUCUCUAAGAAAAAAAUAUCUCCAUGUGUCCCUCAACAAUAGUCUUCUCCGCAGCCCCUGGCCCCGUCCUAUUUCCUGUUCCACACAUUAUUUAUACGUAGAAAGGUCUUCCAGCGAGAGUUCUCCGAGAGAUUCCUCGUUCUCCCGAAAUUAAUUAUUAAAAAAUGUAAAAUCAAAAUAAUAAAAAAACAAAGGAAAAACCUGCUGUUGAAGGAAGAAGAAGCAAACGAUGGAUAAACACGAAGGAUGGAGAACCGACGAGUUAGUCGCGAGAACGCACAGGCCUAUACGAGAAAGGGGGAAAAAACAAGUUAUUGCCUUGAUUAUUAUUAAGCGUUUGUUAUUAGAUAACCUCCUUGGGAGGGGAGAAAAAUAAUAGUACGAGAACAGUGGGAAAACAGUGUAGAAAAUGAAAGCAUCAUAACGUAGGGGAAGAGAGCAAGAGAAAGAGAGAAAGAAAGAGGGAGCGAUCGUUGAGUGAAAUGGAAAAAAAACUGAAAGCAAGUUUUCGAAUUUGUCGAAAGGAAACGUAGCAACGAUGAUAAUAAUUGUUUCUUUUAUUCUGAAUAAACAAUGCCUGAAUGCUCAGAACUAGUGCCGACCACUGGUUUCAACCGGUGAGGACUACUUCAAAACAGCUCUCUCUUUGCUAUUCUAGGAAAGAUUUAAGUAUGAAGAACAAAAAUGGGGUAAAAAAGUACAGCAAACGAAUUCGAAUUUAGUAUUAAACGUGAGAAUCACGAUAAUGAAAAGAAAAUACACAAAUACAUCGAGAAUAUGAUACGGAGAAGAAGCAAUAGGUGAUAAAAAAAACGAACGAAUAAAAACCAACGCACUCCGGAGAACCAGCGAAUACAGAACGGUUCGAUUGCCUUCAUUGGCAGUUAACAAUAAACGAAGAAUGUACCAUAAUUGUUCAUUCGGAGGCAAACAUUUCGUCUUGGUUUUGUUUUUUCUAAACACAUGAACGAAGUAGAAAAAAACGACUUUUUACCGUAUCGUUACUUCCUACGUGAAAAAAAUGCUUGCAAUCUCGAGCAUAAGAAACGAAAAGAAAAACCUCCUAAAAGUGCUUGGAAGAAAAUAAUACUCGCUACAAGGACAGAGCAAAAAAACACACACACACACAAGAAAUGUAGAAACAAAAAGCUUGAGUUUUUAUCUUUUUUCUUUUUAUAAAUAUAUAAAUAUAUAUAUAUAUAUAGUUAAGCUUGAAAAAAGGGUGCUCGUCCUAAUAAUAAUAAUAAAUCGCCAAGGCUGUUAGCUAAACACACUGUAUCGUCCACACUACAGUUAGGAACAAAAAAAGAACCCUCCUCAAGACCCUUCUCUCACACUUCUCAUGUCGUUUUACCUUUAAUUUAUUUCUUAGUACUGAUGAGUUUUAUAAAGAUAAAUGAAUAUUUAAAAGAGGGAAAAAAUAGCGUAGUAAUAGCCUGUAUUUUAUUUGAGUAUACAAAAAGUUAUAUAGAUUUGUAUUUGAGAUCGAAGAUGGAGAAAAAAAGAACAAACAUUAUUUACAUAUGUAUAUUGUAUAUGGUUUUCGUUGAAACAGCUUGAAUUUGUUUAGUUAACGAACGAAUGAUUGAUUUUUAUCAUCGCACACACACACACACACACACGCGCACACACACACAAGUUUGUUUGCUGAUCAAAAUAAGACAUUGAUCAUUUCAAUGAAAAUAUUGUUGAAUUUGUUUAAAUCGUUUUGUUUUUUCUUUCUUGCAUUGAUGUUGUUGAUUCUAUUUGGGUUAUUUUUUGUUUUUUAAUUUUUCGAUUCUCUACCCUCUCUCACGUAUAGCUGUCGUCGUUUCGAAAGGUUUCUUAUUACCCGGGAAAAACAAAAGUUCUCUCGCUGAUCGACCCUUUCGUAGUUGUUUUAUUUUGGUUUAUCUUUCUUUUUUUUUUUCUAUUUCCGCCAGUUUUUGAGUCCGCGAAUUUUCGGCUAGAAACGCGAGCGUACGAUAUUAUUAUGUAAGUUUAGAAAAAACCAAGAGUAAAAUACGAUUUUAUACAUACAUACAUAUGCAUUAUGUAUGUAUAUUUAUAAAAUGCAACGAAAAUGAUGAGCCUCUCUGCUGCUGCUACGACUACGACUACUACUACAUAAACUAUCAUCGAAAUAUUAUUAUCAUUAUUGCCAAUAUUGUUAUUAUUAUUAGUAUAAAUAUUGAUUAAUUAUAAUAUUGGGAUUUUCGCUCACAUGGACGCUCCCACGCUCCCCAUACUUUUAAUGAUAACUCUGCAAGCAACCUCGAUCACAGUUCUCAUACUUUCAAACCUGAAACGUCGUGAAAAUAUUUGAAAAAUAAUCAUCCGAACACGAGUCUAUCUAUAUGAGAAGACAAAAAUCUCAAUGGUCGUUGGAGUUAAGCUUCGUUUUCAAAUUUUCACUCUCAUCGUGGCUCAUUCAUCCUGUUUUGUUUUGUUUUGUUUAUACUUCUGCGAAAUUGUACCGAGUAUUUUUGAGCAAAAAUCUGCAAACGUAGGCGUGAACGGAUCGAUAAUGAUAUUUAACUGAAGGACGAUUAAGUUUCCAAUUGAUUGAGAAUAAAAAUUGUUUUAUAUUCGAACCGACUUGAAAAUUGUUCACAAAAAUGUUACUUAUCAAGCGUCUUCUUCUGAUUUGACUAUUAUUUUUCAUUCAAUACGCGAUUCUAGGCAGUUCAUACAUUUCGUUCGGAACGUCCUCACCGAAUUCGUACUACCUGAGCAAUGGUUCAUUGUUGCCAAAAUUUAACGGCAUUAUUUACUGUAUCACGAAACAAAAAAACCACUACUACGGCUCGAUUGCCAUUUACUACUAAUAACUAAUCUACUAAUAAUGGGGAAGCAGAAAGAAAAAAACAAAAUCGCUACAACUAUUACGUUUAAUUGCAGUAUAAAGUAACAAAGGGAAAAAAGAAAAGUUAUAAGUAAACUGGGAAGAGGAAGAAGAAGAAGAAGAAAAAUGGAGCUCCAACACACAAACUACUGAAAUUACCGAUAAAACAAUAAACAAACAAACAAACUAUAUACUCGCUGUAGCUCGUACGAGAGGAGAGAUGAAACAAUGUAAAUAUCUAUAACGAAAGUGCUGAAUUAUAUUUAAUAAUAAAAUUUAGUAAACAUAUUUAAUGCGGACUCGAUGGGAUAUUCGACGAAUUAAAAAAACGAAAACGAAUAUCGGACAUUGGCUUUGAGAAAUAUAUAUAAAAUACAAUAAUUUAAUAAAAUGAGAGGACGAAAAUAGCCAAGGGGAAGUAAACAAAAAAAAGAAAGAAAAAAAAAAGCAUUAGGAUUAGGAUGCGUUGAGCGAUUAAAAAUAAAAAUGAUGCCAAUUAAACAGACAAAAAAAUAACUGCAUUAAGAUAGGUGGUAAUUAGGGAGGGAGCUGUAAUUGUAAACAGAAUGGUUUUUCUACGGAAAAUAUAAGCGAAACAAUAUUUAAUGAUAACUUUGAAUAAUAACGAUUUAAAAUGAAAUUUAAAUAAUCAUGUCAAUGCACUCGUCAGUCUUCGUCACGCGACAACAAAACGCAAAAAGAAGUAAAUAAAAUGUUUUUUUUAAACGAUAAAGAAAAGAAGAGAAAAAAAAAGCGAAGAGAAACACGAAAAGAAACCAAAGUAACAGGGUGGCCCGGGACAGUGUACCGUCAUUUUUUCUUUUUUCUUUAACGCUAUCACUUUUUUCCUCUGUCGUUGCUUUAGAUGCAAGGAUAUAUGUAGGCUGUCUCGAAAUAAUAAUAAUAAUAAUAAUAACAAUGCCAAAACCUCGGGCGUUUUUUCAUAGUAUGGCGAUUUUUUUCUCUCAAACGCCAACGUAUAUGAGCUCGAAUUCUUUGUUUUUCACUCGAUAUAACGUACGUAACGUUGUGCAAUGUGAUCAGUAGAACGGCAGAACGCGAGAGAAUGCGAGGAUAAAUGAAAGUGAGAAAACGGAAUGAAUGAUAUUGACAUGACGCGAGGAAUGCAAUAGCAGAUAAGUGAAAAGCCAAAAAAUACAGCUAUCUUGAAGAACUAAAAAAAAAAAGAAAAACCACUGAAAAACGAAUGUAAAGAUCGAUUUCGCGUGUCAUCUUAGACCUUGGAAAGUUUAGAAAAUUAGAGAAUAUAAAACUAAAGAUUGGAAAGGGUGUAGAAUCGAACGAAUUUGCAGCUUAAAUUAAUGAACGAACGCGAUAUGAAGAAAGAAGAAAGAGAAAGAGCGAGAGGAAUUAAUAUAAUCAGAAAAAAUGAGUCAAAAUUCGAAGAUUCUUUCAAAGUUUCGCUCAUCUUUAUCAUUUUCGCCACGAGUGUGUUGAAGAAUGAAAGAGAGAAACAUGAAAAAAAAUACAAGAAAGCAAGUUAAAAACGUGUGAAUGUGAGAAAAAAUGACAAAUGAAUUUCGCAAAAAGAAAAAGAAGAAAAAAAAAAGAGUCCAUCGGGUAACGAGAAACCCCUUGUACAGCGUCUCGUGCUGCCUUGAACCGAAAGUGCAUUAUUACUAAAAGAAGAAAAAAAAAACGAAAACAAAUAACUCCCGAAAAAAAAUUCAAAAAGAAAAAAAAAAGA